CACCGACAUCAUAAACACCAUUCAACGUUGAUUCAGUUUACAAAAUGCCAUUAAUCAGCUUAGCUCGUUCGCGUGCGACAUCGUCGUCAUCAUCGCCAACACCAUCGACGACAACAAAAUUCCUCACCACCAACACCAUUGCCUUGGUGCUGCUGUUGACAUCAUUCGCCCUGCUUGGCUGGCAACCAGCAGCAGCUCAGGGCAAUCAAACGCCACAACAAGUUUGUCCCGAGCAUAGUGAAAUUGCUCCCUGUGUCUGUAGCGUUAAGAAGAAUGGCCUGGAUAUUCUGUGCGAAACGACCGAUUUGUCGCACAUCACCAAAUCGAUGAGCACGUUGAAGGGUAAAAGCCCCAUCAUUUUCUAUUUGAAAUUGCGCCACAACAAUUUGCCAAAACUUCAGGGUUUCCUAUUUUUGGCAUUGGAUAUUCGUCAUUUGACAAUUCACAACAGCAGUUUGGCAGCCAUCGAGGAGAAUUCUCUCAGCUCUUUGGGUAAGGGUCUCACUCAAUUGGAUGUUUCUCUUAAUCAAAUGAAAACCGUGCCCUCGACGGCCUUAAAACAUCUCUAUCAUCUGUUGAUUUUAAAUCUGAAUCAUAAUAAAAUUACCGUGAUCCAUAAUAAUGCCUUUGAGGGUCUGGAUACUUUGGAAAUUCUUACACUUUACGAGAAUAAAAUCAACAAUGUCGAACCGGAAGCCUUCCGGGGUUUAGAAAAGAAACUCAAACGUUUGAAUUUGGGUGGCAAUGAAUUGACCAUGGUACCACAACAGGCCCUCUCAAUUUUGGACAACUUAAAGAAAUUGGAAAUUCAAGAAAAUAAAAUUAAAAUUAUUCGUGAAGGUGAUUUUGCAGGUCUUGAAAAUUUGGAUUCCUUGAUAUUGGCUCACAACAUGAUAACCUCGGUCCCGGCAAAUGUAUUCUCACAUCUCAGUCUAUUGAAUUCUCUGGAAUUGGAGGGCAAUAAAAUUUCCACAAUUGACAAGGAUGCCUUUAAGGGAUUGGAAGAAAAUCUGCAAUAUCUCCGUUUGGGUGAUAACAAUUUACAAGCCAUACCCAGUGAGGCAUUGAGACCAUUACAUCGUCUGCGCCAUUUGGAUUUGAGAAAUAAUAAUAUUAGCGUUAUUAGCGAUGAUGCCUUCACUGGUUAUGGCGAUUCCCUGACCUUUUUAAAUCUGCAGAAGAAUGAUAUCAAGGUAUUACCUAGCAUGAUAUUUGAAAAUUUAAAUUCCCUGGAAACAUUAAAUAUUCAAAAUAAUAAAUUAACCCGUUUGCCACAAGACAUCAUGGAGCACAUUAUCGAUACCCUGAGAAUAAUUGAUAUAACAGAUAAUCCUUUGGUGUGCUCCUGUGAGCUAACCUGGUUCCCCAAACUUCUGCAAGAUCUCAAGAACAAGGACGAUGAAAUGGCUCAGAAAAAGAAACCCAUCUGUCAUAUGCCCGUGGAGAAUCGGGACUAUUUCGUACAGUCGAUGCCAUUGGAGAAAAUGCACUGUGCCGGUCUGUCGUCCAGUGAAGCAAGUGAUUUACUGGACACAAAUGGUGUGUUGUUAUGGCGUUUACUGCCAGUAAAUAUGCUUGUGACGUUUUUGUGUACUUUUUAAAGGAAUCAUGUGGUGGAAGUGGUAAAC